AUGGACAGCCAAAGAUGUCCGCGAUGUAAGAAACGUGAUGAAAAUGAAGAAUUUCACGUGAAACGAAAUCGUCGGAGUUAUUCAGCAGAGUUAAAAUUGAGAGUUGUAGAUUAUGCGGAGGAAAAUAGCAAUAGGGAAGCUGGUAGAAUUUUUAAGGUCGAUGAAAAAUCGGUAAGACAGUGGCGACAGAAAAAAGAUGAAAUUUCUGCACUUCCUCCAGCCAAAAAAGCAAAACGAACUGGCAAAACAUCGUGGCCUGCAUUGGAAUCCGAAUUACUGAGAUGGAUUAAUUCUCAAAACGGAAGUGGUCGUUCGGUUUCAAUUGACUUGAUAAGAUUCAAAGCAGAAUCGCUGGCAAUUAAAAUGGGAUUUAAAAACUUUAAAGGUGUAAUAUUUGAUCGCAAUUCCCAAGACUUUGAGAGAGCAUUUUCUUAUGGAGUGGAAACUGCCAAUGCAACAGACAAUAAAUUCAAAAUAUACGCAUUCGAGAAAGUUACAGAUAUUCGGGACACCUAUAAAUUGAGUACUUCAAUUUGUGAGCAUUUAAAGAAGAUGGUAUUUGCCUUAGUUUGUAUGAGUGAUGUACAUUCUUAUGACGUCAUACAAGCCUACAGCCAAGGCUUAGAAGUGCCUAUAAUCGUGCCUUCCUCGCCUAAAUCCUAUAGCACAGAUCGAUUCAAAUUCGAAAUAAAGAUGAAUCCUUCCAUCAUUCCGGCAAUGGCCGAAUACAUCCGCCAUGGUGGAUGGACCAAAGUCUUUUAUCUCUUUAAUUCGGAUGACGAUAUGUGGAGAUUACAGGAUCUGUACACAUUAUUUAGUAAAUUUAGAAAAAAUGUAACUAUUAUGGCGAAACAAAUUGAGGAUCCUAGGACAGCACAUGAUAUCCUACAUCGAAUCGACAAAGUGGGCGUGCCAUGUUCAGAAAAGAUAUUUGUCCUGGACUUCGAUAGAAAACGUCUACCUGUUUUUCUGAAGAAGCUCACAGAAGUAGGAAUGAAUAGGGAUGGCUACAACUACAUAAUUACAAGUUUGGAUAUCAAAGAUAUUGACCUGAAAAUAUUUUUCCAUAGUGGGGCAACAUUUACAGGAUUUCAGCUACUAAACAACGAAAAUAUUAAUUUACAACGUUUUCUGGGAAAAUGGAAUGUUUCAAGCAGUUUUGAAAACAACAUAGUACCUGAUUUCACGACUGAUUUGGCGUUGAUGGUUGAUGGAAUCGCCAGUUUAACCAAUGCUCUGAAUGCCACCUUAGUUAGAGAACUAAAGACUGGACAAUUGAAAGUUUUCAAAAGAAGACGCGGCCAAUUUUACAAUACAGACGAAAACCAAGGGAUUUUGUGCUCUCCAAAAGUUCUUUAUGCAAAUGGACCUGAAGUUCUUGCCGCUUUGAAAAAUAUUGAAUUUCCAGGAAUUACUGGAAAUGUACAGUUUAACGAGGAUGGAGAGAGGGUGAAUUACACACUACAAGUUUAUCAAAGUAGUUACAAACAGAGUGCUAAAAAGAUUGGACAGUGGUCUUCGACAGAGGGUUUACAAUUGACAACUAUGCCCCUAACUCGACCAAUAAGCGAGCAGCAUGUGAAAAUAGUAACAACUGUUUUGGCUCAACCGUUUGUGCAGCUAAAGGAGGAAAAUGAUAAUGGAAAACCUGACCCAGAGUAUGAAGGCUUUUGUGUAGAUUUGUUAAAGGAAAUAACUGCUACACACUUCGUUAAUUUCACAUAUAGAUUUGUAAUACAGAAAGAUGAUGAGUACGGUGUCAGGAUGAAGAACGGUAGCUGGACAGGGAUGAUAGGCGAAAUUGUCUCUCGUCAAGCGCAUUUGGCAGUCGCUCCAAUAACCAUAACCAGGGAGAGAGAAGAGGAUGUUGACUUUACAAAACCAUUUAUGAAAACUGGAAUUUCCAUAAUGAUUAAACGCCCGGACAAGCAAAAACCAGGAGUAUUUUCAUUUAAAGAACCAUUGUCCAACAUGGUAUGGCUAUGUAUCACAGUUGGCUUUUUAGCAGUCAGUACAAUAUUGUUCCUUGUUGGUCGCUUCAGUCCAUACGAAUGGAAGGAAAACUCAACGACAGGGCCAUCAGACGAUUUUAAUAUGCUGAAUUCUCUCUGGUCGAACCUCGGGGCCCUCAUGAUGCAAGGCUCGGAUAUAUUUCCAAGGUCUAUAUCUGGACGAACGGCUGAGAGCGCCUGGUGGUUUUUCACUUUGAUUUUGAUAUCAUCCUACACUGCCAAUCUAGCAGCCUUUCUGACUGUUGAACAAUUCUCCAUCCCUAUCGACUCUGUCGACGACCUGGCGAACCAAAACACAAUUAAAUACGGCGUUCUUGCCGGAGGUUCUACCAUUACGUUUUUUGGGGGAUCCAAAGUCACGGUAUAUCAAAAGAUGUGGAAAGUUAUGAAAUCUCGAAACGAAACAGGAGCUGACAUUUUUAUGGAAUCAAACGAAAAGGGCUGGCAAAAGGUUCAAACUUCAAAAGGCAAAUAUGCCUUUUUAUUAGAAGAAUCCUUUAAUGAAUAUUUCAACAACAGAAAACCAUGUAGUACUAUGAAAGUUGGUAACACUCUCAACAGUUUUGGAUAUGGCAUAGCACUUCCUAUUGGCAGUAAAAUAAGUAAAGGUGUUAAUUUAGCAGUUUUACACUUACGAGAGAUUGGUCAUUUGAUUCGCCUUCGUCAGAAGUGGUGGGUUGACCGUGGUCAGUGCGGUGGGGUCACAGGGGGCAAAGGGAAGAAGUCUCUUUCCCUGAGUAAUGUAUCAGGAAUUUUCCACAUCCUUAUUGGGGGACUAGUACUCGCCAUGCUUGUUUCAAUCAUAGAAUAUGCAACGCAUGUACAUUGCAAACGACGGAAAAAGUACAAGGUUCAGAAAAAGAAAGAAAAGGCAUUUAAAUCAGCGACUCCAAAUAAAGGAGAACUACAACCAUUAAGAACCAAUGGAAACGAUGGAGCAAUAGAGAACAAGGGUCUAUGUUACACACAAGAG